AUGGAGCCGGAUAUUAAGAUAAUGUCUGUUGUGAAGAAUCACAUGGAAUUCUGUGGUGUGAUUGUCGGUUCGCCCCUGAAGCAGCGCAUUAUGAGCACCUUCACCGUGCUUUCGCUGAUUUAUUUCUCAGCACCGCAGGCGGUUUACUAUGUGCUGAAUAUGAGUGAUUUACAAGAAUCCACAGCAGUUUUGUCCGUCCUUAUGGUGAUGGUUAUUACGGGGGCGAAAAUAUAUUGGCUCGUCAGCUAUACAAAUCUAAUGGCAUCAAUCCUAACUGAGCUUCAAGAUCACAUAAACACUCGGGUGAAAUGCGGCAAAGGUCGUCAUUAUUUAUCAGCGGAUCGCAUAGGAAAUGUUUUCACGAAGUGUUUUGCAGUUAUGAUCCUCUGUGCAGCUCUUCUUUACUCCUUGAAUCCAAUGCUGCAGAUUCUAGUGCAAUUUCUCCUGAAGCCAGAAGAACCUUUCGUAUUCAAAUUGCCAUUUCACUUUGAAUUAGGCAUUGAUGAUAAGAUUUCGCCCAAUUAUGAAUUGAUUUAUGUGUCCAGUUUCACAUUUUUGCUGCCCAUUCUCAAUUCCAUGGUCUCGUCGAAUUGUCUCUUCUUCUGCUUCAGCUUGCACAUUGCUGCGUGCUUCAAGGAUCUCCAGGAGAUGAUCAGUGAUAUUGUUGAGACUGUCAUUGAGCAGGAGAAGCUGCUCCAUGAGCCAGAUGAUGGGAGUUCUCUGAUAAUAGCCACCAAUCCAAAUCCUCAGGAAGAGGAAAUCUUCCUUCGUCACAUUAGCCAAUGCCUUGAGCUCCACACGAAGAUAAUACGAUGGAUUGAGGGUGCGACUCUCGCCCUCUCCGGCAUCAUUGCCUUCGAAUACGCAGGGAGUAUUCUGUCCUUCUGCACUCAAGCAUUUCAAGCAACUCUGAACGUUCAGAGUGCCGAAUUCUUGAACAGUGUGGUUUUCUUCAUGGCCAAUGGACUGGAGUUGUUCCUCUUUGCCAUAUUCGGGGAGAAAAUUGCCACGGAGAGCCGGGCUGUUGCUGAUGCCGCCUACAGAGCCUCGUGGUGGCGAUUUCCGCCGCGGUAUCGUCGAUACUUCGGCCUCAUGAUUCAGCGAGCGCAGAAACCGUGCUACUUUAAAGCUGCCAAUUGGCUAAAUUGCUCCAUGGAGUCCUAUAUGACGGUCCUCAGGGCGUCCUUUUCCAUGAUGGCUCUGCUGCAGAACCUCAACGAGAAAGGUGGCUUCGGCCUCGAGCAGGAGGACAUUAUUUGA